GAACGUCAAAUGUCAAGCACAGUCUCCCCAUGUUCCUGCAUGCAUCGUACGAGGUACACUAUCGUAGGUCCAAGCCAUUUCGGCUCGCUCUUUUGCUCCACUAACCCCGGCUGAAAUACCCGAAUUACCCCGCCAAAGCCGCACUAGACCGCAUUGAACGCUGUCAACCUCACCUCACCUCUAUUUGAAUAUCAAUCACCUCAGAGUAUCUGAUGUCAGAACUUUAGAUGCACCGCUGAUCAAGCUGAUAUCGGUGGAUUAAUUGUAGCGGACAUUGAUAUUAUCGACAAGGAGAAUUCCAAAUUCACAUCAAUUCGUACAGACGCUAUCGCGAAGCCACCUCGAACAUCAACAUAACUGAACGGCAUGGAACACCCACCACCGUAUGUCCCUCAUGAACCUAUAACAACGGAAGAUCUGGAGACUGCUUCAAUUAGAUCAGCAGCACCCUCCUACGUUAGCGACACUCCGACCUAUGUUUCUACAAUUCCCCCUUCCCCACCUCGAACAGGCCUUCCUCCAAUCCCUCCAUUACCUGCACCUCCCGCAAACCCCAAUCCCUCACUAGACGCGUAUCGAAUCUCCUCUUGGUCAAAAACACAGACCUCGAAUCCUACAACGAAACAUUACCAGCGCAUCGCGCAACGCCGAGCCUCGAACCUUACUCGACAACAACAAUCCUGUCUGCUGAUAGCAGCCUUGAAUGGAGAGGAUGGGAUAGCGCAAAUAAAGAAGAAGAUGGAUGCUGAGCAACGAGCGAAGAAUAUCAGAACGAAUGAAGAUCCAUACCUGGUGGGCGAGGAGGCUGCAGAACAGAAUCGGCAAGAGAGAUUGAGGAAAGAGAACGGUUGGGGUGUUCUCGAGAGAGAGGAUAAGAGGUGGGAUUGGCUUCUUGCGCAGAUGAGUGAUUGGGAAGAGAGGGAUAAGAAUUGGAAGAGGUUUAGGAAAGAGGUUAUAACCGGAAAUAGGAGGAAGUUGUCGAAUAGGUUUGGGUUCGGAGGACCAUGAUCCCAGGAGGGUAGGUCCCUCUUAGUUGAGGUGUAAAGACAUCUUAACAGAGUAGAUAUUGAUGCUAUCUAUCAAUAUUUUAUUGCAUAUUGUGUUCAUAUCUCACUUGGACAUGCUAUUUCUUCUGAACUCUUACAGCCUUUUCAUUUCUGUGCUGCAAGUCAAUCUUCACGUUGUGCAUCUGGCUUCGGAUCGACGACGAUCAUAGGUCUCACUUAAUUCUUUCGAUUGAUUAGAGGAGAGGGCUCUUUACAUCCCAAAUUUCGCAACCUAUUACAUUCAAUAGAAGUCUACUAUUCUAUCUCAUCAUACCUUUCGGUGGAUGACCUUAAAGAACUACAUCUCUUAACGUGGUUCGAAUUCGAUA